CAACGUCAGACGACGCGCACCGAGCGCAGAGAACGGAAGGGUUUUAGAAAAUCGCUUGGACAGUUUAUUUGGCGCGAUUACUCAUUCUGUACAUUUGUGAUAACAAAAGCAUAGCGUUCCUAAACCUUAAUAAAUAAAGAACUUGUGCAACGAGUGAUCAGUUCUUGAAGUGACCUUUUUUUAAUCAAAAUUAUUGGUUUAUGUGUUUUUGUUAAGUGUCAGUUGUUUUCGCGUCAUUUGGAUUAAUUAACAUGAUAAUUAUGCGUGCCUUAAUUAGGCUACAGAUUAAAAUAUUUCCGUCGCUUGGCAUUAACUGCUCUUUGUAAGUGCAGCGGUGUAUCGCUUGCGGUAAAUAUUGAAUCUGUGAUAAAAGACAUGAGCAGUGACAACGGGUCGGAUGAUAAAUCAGUGAAAGGGUCUGGUGGAUGAACGAUGCUGGUGCGGGGGUGCGCGGGGGGAGAGUUGCGGCACUCGCUGUCGGAGCGCACCAAGGCUCUCGCGGCGAAGUGCCACGCUCUCCGCUCGCCGGCACGCGACCAGCGCAGUGCAGAGCGCCGCCGCACCAGGCAUCGCAAGUCGCAGACGAGGUGGUACGUCAAGCAGCCGACAUGGCGGUUGUGGGGCGAGGAGCGAGUAGAUGGCGCUAUUUAUACAGUUUACUUGAAGAAAGUUCGGUAUCAUCGGCCCACGCGUUGCGCUUCCAGUGAAUCUGACGACGAAAUCUCACAUCUUGAGUGGGAGACAGUCCGCGUCAGGUUCGUGAAGGCGGGCACAGUCGAGAGACUAGUAGAAGCUUUGGCGACUGAUGAUGGCGAGCUGGAAUCCACAUACGUCAAUGUUUUUCUCGCCACAUACAGGUCAUUUGCGGAAUGCGGCAAAGUACUGGAUCUUUUGUUGCGACGAUAUGAAGCGCUUGCGGCGGAAGAUGUGCUCUCUACAGGAUCGGAUACUUCGCAGCAACACAGAAAGACCCUCGUGGCGUGUCUGCACGUGUGGUUGGACACGUACCCGGAGGACUUCCGCCAGCCGCCGCACCACCCCGCGCUGCAGCAGCUCCUCACCUUCACACAGAUACAUUUGCCUGGCUCCGAACUGCAUUCGAAGGUGUUGCAGAAGCUAGCCAUAUUCAGCGCGGAGCGCAACGGCGGCGCGCAGCACGGCGUGUGCCUGGCGCCGGGCAUGCGGCUGGCGGCGCACCACACGAGCGCGUACCGCCUGCCGCACGUGCCGCACCGCCACUUCGCCGAGCAGCUCACGCGCAUGGACAUGCAGCUGUUCCGCAAGCUCGUGCCGCACCAGUGCCUCGGCGCCGUGUGGUCGCGCCGCGACAAGGACCGCUCGCACGACGCCGCCACAGUGCUCGCCACCGUCAACCAGUUCAACGCGGUCUCCUUCCGCGUCAUCUCCACCGUGCUGCUGGAGCCGAGCCUGCGCCCGCUCGAGCGCGCCGACAUCCUCGCCGCGUGGCUCGAUAUCGCGCGCGAGCUACGCGUGCUCAAGAACUUCUCCUCGCUGAAGGCGAUCAUCUCGGGCCUGCAGAGCAACCCCGUGUACCGGCUCAGGAAGACCUGGGCGCUGUUGAACAAGGAGAAGGCCGAACUAUUCGAAGAAUUGGCGAGGAUAUUCAGCGAAGACAACAAUCGUUGGGCGCAACGCGAGCUUCUCAUGAGAGAAGGCACCGCCAAAUUUGCCGAUACGGUCGGGGAGAACGACCGCCAAUUGCAAAAGCUCCUACACGAACGAGGCUCGCCUGGCGUCAGUCACGGAACGAUACCUUAUUUGGGCACAUUUUUAACGGACCUCACUAUGAUCGACACGGCUAUACCCGACACGGUCGCCGAUGGCCUCAUUAAUUUUGAUAAGAGACGCAAAGAAUUCGAGGUGCUCGCUCAGAUUAAGUUAUUGCAAGGUGCGGCGAACGCUUAUCAUUUACCCUCCGAUCCGAUGUUCGACCGAUGGUUCGACUCCGUAAUAAUUUUAGACGACGCGGAAGCGCACCAGCUUUCGUGUCAAAUAGAACCACAAACAAAUCCGCCUAAGGAGAGACGUCCCAAGAAAGUGAACGAAAACAAUAACCACGGUCAUAGGAAAAACGAUUCGAUCGCUAGUACGAGUUCCAGUAACAGCUCGCAAUUUUACUGCGAGACGGAUGGUGUUGGGAACACUUGGAAGAGAGAUAGUUUAGAGCGGAGAUCUUCCCCUACGAGGUUAUCUCACGGCUCUUCCUCAUCGUCUAUACCUUCUUUAGACGUGUCGUUGUCUAGCGCCAACAGCGGCCAAAAGCAGAACGGCAAACCCGUCGCAAACAGCCCGGCUCAUGCAAAUACUCAUAACGGUCCUGAUUUUUAUAUAAUUCGCGUAACAUACGAGUCGGACUGUGUGGAAACAGAAGGCGUGGUGUUGUAUAAGUCGAUCAUGUUGAGUAACAAUGAACGAACACCGCAAGUGAUACGCAAUGCUAUGCUCAAAUUGAAUCUCGACGGGGAUCCAGAUGGGUAUACUUUGGCGCAAGUUUUACCGGAGAGAGAAAUGGUGCUGCCAGCGAACGCUAAUGUUUAUUACGCCGUAAAUACUGCAUACAACCUGAAUUUCAUACUUAGGCCACGAAAAUCGGACCAAACUGACUCUGUAGUCAACGGAAAGUCUAAAAACAAACGAGCUUGACUGUGUCUUGGUAUAUUUUGCUUCUCGUAAUUAUUGUUACUCAGUACUUCCGAAGCAACAUACAAUGUGUUCUACGUAAGAAUCUCUAUUAAAUGUUAAUGAUAUUGUAAUAAGUCUACCAAUAAUAAUAAUACCAAUGUCUCUUAAAAAUAACAUUGUUCCAACAACUCUGCUUUACAAUACUUAUCAUGACUGAAUCUAUGUAAAUCUUUUAUACUUGGAAAAUUCGCAUUAAGAUCAUGAGCUGUCAUGUCAAUGUAAAUUUUCGUUGUUUUUAAUGUACGAUAAUUUUUAUUUUUAAACCAAAUUUGUUCUCUAAUAUUCUUACUUUGAUGCAUUUGAGAGUUAGCGAUAUAAAUUAAGAAAGCUUAUAAGAAAUAUUUUAUCUCUUGCAUGUAAUACUGAAUUCACAAUUUAUUAAGUUUUCCUGACUUGGCAUUUAUAUACCUUAUAGUUAUAUUUAACUUACUAAAAGCAUUACAAGACUUGCACAAAUGGCUUGUUACAUAUGAACAUUAUCUUUUUUUAAUACAGUGAAUUUCUUAAUUUAUUUUUCUUACAUUUUAUUUUUAGGGUUUACAAUGUUUAUUAUUUAUAUAAUUUUAUGUGAUACGCAUAGAUUAUUACAAUUUUAUAGUGCUCUUUACUAUUAUCCUUUGUACUUAAUUAGGUUUUAUGUAAAUUUGCUGUUAAUAAUAGGUUUAAAAAAUUUGUUCAGGAUGCCACCAAUAUUUAGCGAUAGUGUCUGUUUAUAUAUUAUGUUAUCGUUGUUGUCAAAACUCAAUAUGUGUAUAUAAAGAGCGUGUAUAAAUAAGAAUCUCCAGUAGGUAUCUAAGUAAGAUAAAUAGAGAGUAAACAUUCUAAUAAUGAGCCAAAGGCAUAAUAUGUCUAGUAGCGAGGUGCUGUCUCUCUUUGUAUAAUAUUGUUUAAAAGCUUUAAAAUAAUUGAAAACCGAAUUUCAUGUAGAAAAUUAACCGUAACCUCUAUUUUAAAAUACUCUAAUAAUUAAUCAAUUUCGGUCCGUUAUUAUAAUUAAUCAUUGUAUUCGUUUCAAAUGUAAUAAUAAAAAAUAUACUUGGAAGUGCAUUUGUAAUUCGACGUGCCUACUUAUCUUAUAUAAUUUAAUAUCUCGUGUUAAUGACACUGGUUUACAAGAUAUACUCUAAACAAAAGACUAUAAGAUAUUUAAGGACUUAUACAUGAUAGCUUUUUUAAACUGAACUGUUUUCUCAUAGUUUUUGUAAAUAACUUUGUAGUUGUUUUUAAUAGUUUUUCAACACCAGUGUCUUGCAUAACGUGUUGUAUAAUACUACCAUAUGUAAUAAACGUUAUUAAUUAUUAUUAAA